CGCGCAGCAACUGUCAAUGGACUGGAUAUCGACGACACUGCGCGAAACAGACGGGAUUUACUGGAGUGCAUCCGGAGACUCGUGGUGCUCGUUUCAUUCUGUCAUAAAUCAGAUAUUAAUCCGCGUUCGGAGCGGCGAGUGACAGAGCGCGAAGCCGAAGGGAAUCAAGAGAAAUCGCGCACGUAACUUGAUGCACGGCUGAUGCGUCCGUCUGGGGCGAGUCGUGGUUGACGAAUACAGACAUGUCAUUCAAAAUCGGGCAACGCGUCGAGGUUCCCGUGAAGGAGUGUCAAGGCGUGAUCGCCUACGUUGGCCACCCGGCGUUCGCGUCAGGCAAAUGGAUCGGUGUGAUACUCGACGAGCCAAAAGGAAAGAACAACGGCAGCGUCAAGGGCCAGGUGUACUUCAAGUGUGCAGAGAAUCAUGGCAUGUUUGCACGCCAAACGCAACUUAUUCUGUUGGAUGAUGCUGGCAAUAGGACAGAGCCAGUCAGUCCUUCCUCUGUGGGCAGCAAUGCCACAACACCUGAUGAUAGCGCGGCUAGAGCCAGGAGUCGAUUAAAUAGCAUUAGUAUGCGUCGGAGGAACGAGCCUACAGCUGUACGGAGAAAAACAUCUCCUGCAAAUGUUACUCGCCAGCAAACUGACAAACUUUCUAGUUCUCGAUUAUCCUUAUCUGGAAGUAGAACGUUAUUGAGUGCCCCAAGUACAGAAAGCCUAACUGGAACGUCGCACGAACGUAGAGACGGCGGCGAAUCAUUAAUUCCGGCGCCAACUACAGUUUCGAAGCGUGCCUCAUUCGUUGAGAAGUCCCCUAGCACGAGCUCGCCUCCCGGCAAAAAGCCAAAGGCCCAAGAUGAUCAGAAUAAUACAGGUUUUGUAGAAACGUUGAAACCGCAAUUCGUACCCGGUCAGGUGAUGGCGGGUUCGGCGGCGGCCGCGAAUCUGGUGGAAGAAAAACUGUCGCACUUGCAACUCGUGCAAGAGAACGAUAAUUUAAAGUCUCAGGUGCGUGAUCUUACCGAGAAAGUAGAAACGUUGCGUGUAAAACGAAUGCAGGACAAGGAGAGGAUGAAAGACUUCGAAAAGACGAAACUUCAAGUUGAACAGCUUCUUGAAUUUAAAGCCAAAGUCAUGGAGAAUCAAGCAAGCCUUCAAAGAGAACUUCAACGAGCUCGCCAAGAAACUAGAGAAGCUCACGCAGCGAGGGAACAAUACCAAGAGGAAAUGUCUGAUCUUGCAGAAACAGUAGAAAUGGCUACAUUGGAUAAAGAAAUGGCAGAAGAAAAGGCUGAAACUCUUCAGAUCGAGCUAGAGCAACUCAAAGAAAAAUUGGAAGAACAAACAUUGGAUCUAGAGAUAUUACGCACAGAAAUGUCUGAGCGGGCAGCCGGGGGUGGCUCGACUACGGGAGUUUCGAGUUACGAAGUGAAGCAAUUGGAACAGCAAAAUAACAGGUUGCGCGAAACGCUUGUGAAAAUGCGCGAUUUGUCGGCACACGAGAAACAUGAAUUCCAAAAACUGCAAAAGGAUAUGGAUCAGAAGAAAUCUGAGAUCUUGGAAUUGGGUCGCACGAAAGAGAAGUUGUCGGCGCGGGUCGAAGAAAUGGAACAUCAGAUAGCGGAUCUACAGGAACAGGUCGAUGCGGCGUUAGGAGCUGAAGAAAUGGUCGAAAUGCUAGGCGAGAAAAAAAUGGCGUUGGAAGAAAAAGUGGCUGAAUUGGAAGAAGCUGUUGCAGAUUUGGAGGCUCUGCAAGACAUGUCGGAUCAAUUGGCUGAAUCGUCCAAAGAAUUAGAGCUGGAACUUCGCGAGGAAUUAGAUCUCGCACUUGGAGCAGCGCGCGAUGCCCAGCGGCACCGAGAUGCCGCCUUGGAGACGUUGGCAGAUCGUGAAUUGACCAUCACAAAAUUCCGCGAACUCACACAUCAGUUACAGGACCAAUGUUUGCAGUUGCAGCAACGAGUUCAGUCAACGGAAUCUACCAAGACUAACGUUCGAGGUGCGGACCAACAACUUGCAGAGAUAUUAGACUUCCAGAAGACGUUUGCUGAAACCCGAGCGCAAACUAAGGCAGUUGAUCUCGAACUGCGUCGCUUAGAUGCCGAGGAGGCACGAAAUCACGUGUCUUAUUUAUUAUCUUUUAUGCCUCCCGCAUUUUUGAUUCGCGGUGGAGAUCACGAUGCGAUAUUAAUGCUCUUAUUAAUACCAAGAAUGACACAAAAGACAGAAAUAUUGAUCUCACAAGUUCGAGAGAAGUACAGAUCGAUCGAAAAAAUAGACAAGACUUCUGUAGUGAGAGGCCACUCGGUAGCGCAGUAUUCGUUCAGAUCUCGUUUGUGCUCGCACAUGUACGCUUUACAAACCACCCUGGGCUGCUUCGAGUCGGCUUUAAACUCUUGUAACUCGGAGAUGUUACUUAAAGCGGGAGCAGCUUAUCCGGAAAUGGCGGCGCAGGAGAAAUCCUUGGACUCAUUGAUAGAGCUGGCUAAGAGAGAUCAGUUGGACGAGAAUUUGCCGAUGGACGCGAUCGAAAAGUGCUGCGGGUACUUCGCUACAAUGUUCUCCGUACUCUUCGGCGAGAGUACAACUAUUAAUCAGGCGCGUCUAAUCGUGAAUGGUACGAGAACUUUAGGCAAUACGUGCGACGCCAUAGCUACCGAUGCUGCGGCGAUCAAAGCAUUGAUACAAGGAGAAGCUGGUGAUAUAGGUAUGCUUUGUCAACAUGUCGAGACAACGUGUGAAGUGAUCCAACAACAUUUGAAAUCUGCUAGAAGGCGAGUACCGCGCGAUCACGCUGGUCCAGCGUUUAUCGUAGGCGCCAAUUUAGGAUUAGAUAAAGAUUGCAACGAACAAUUUUUGACGUGCUACCAGCACGGCGUGAAGAUUAUAAAGACACUUCAGUAUCUAUUGAAGAGUGCCUUACAGGCUAUUACCCAAAAUGGCGAUUUAGACGCGGGAUUAGCGGCUGAUAAGUUGAAGGAAAUGGCCGCAACGUCCAGCGAAAGGGUGUACGAUACAGAAGAUCUAGGUCCUGUUGCUACUAUCAAGGCCAGCUUAACGGUAAUACAACAGCUGGCGGCAAAUCUGGCGCAGAAGAUGGCCGAGUGCGAAAACGAAUUAGCCAUAAGCGGACAGACACAAAAUCAGCAGCACUCUAAAGAGAGCAAUCAAAUAACACCAAUUGUGGCUAGAGCAAAUGCUGUAAGGAAAGAGUCGGAAGAAACGAAAAUACUCAGCAGAAAACUCGAAGCAAGAGACAGUGACAUACGUGAGGCAAGAUUAGCUUUACGAGAAAAGCAAGAAGAACUGUCCGAGAUGACGCUGCGAAAGGAGUUGGCAGAGAAGCGUUAUGCGACGCAGCAGCAUGAACACGAGAUGAAUGUCGAGAAGUUGAAGAGAAAAUUAGAAGAGGCGCAGAAUCAGUUAAAACGCAAAGAAAAAGAAUUCGAAGAAACAAUGGACCAUCUUCAAACCGAUAUCGACAGCUUAGAAUCAGAAAAGGGUCAAUUGAAAGAAAAGCUGAAGUCAAUAGGCAAGAAAACAAUAUCAGUGUCUGGCACGGACAGCAUGACAGGAAGCACUUCGAUAACAAGUACAUUGGAUAACAAAUAUUAUGUACAGGAGAUAAACGCUCUCAAGCAAGCUUUGAGUAACGAGCAUCAACAAAAGAAGAAGAUAAUGUGCGCUGUCUUGCGUCAAAAGUUAGAUAGCUUGGAACCAUUACCAUCGCCGACGAAUCUUAAGUCUCUGGAUACGAAAAUUCAAGAAUUGCGAAAAAAGACCAGCGAUCUCGUCAAGGAUGUCGAAAAGACUCUGGUAUAUCCGACAGUACCAGAUUUGAGGCGCAAAGUACCCGAAAUGUCUUAUCAUUAUUUAGUAGAACGACAGAAAAAUAUUAUGCAAUUGAAGGAACGAGUUGAUGAGUUAGUGGCUCAAGUACGUCGCGAAGCUAUUAAACGUACACCAGGUGGGAGAGCGGAAGCGAAUUUUGCCGUGUACCCAAAUCGCGAGAUGGCGGCAGCGAUGCAGAAACGCAAAUUACUCGCCGCCGAAAUAAAGAUUCCUCACAACGGUCCUGAACAGUCUUUUUCUGUUAAUGUAGGACCUCAAGAACUUAGGAAAAUUCACACUCUACUAUAUUAUUAAGAACCCGUGUUUUAUUAUUUAUUUCAUGUGACAAAGUAUGUGAUCACACAGAAUCCUCAAGAUAUGUCGUGUAAGAGAGAUUUAUUUAUUUUUUUUAAUUUUUUUUACGGUAGCAAUAUUUUGUACUGCGUUGCCGUACCCCGUUGUGCUUUAUAAAAAGAGAAGCUAGCUAAUUAUACAUAUUGUUACGAACACGACAUUAAACAAAACUUUUGUACAGGGAAUUUAUGUCGUAUCCUUGUAUUGAUGUGAAAAAGGUACAGGGCUGAUCUAGUAAUUCGUAAUUUGCACUUUUGCAAUGUUUAUUUAUUUCCGAUGGACUACAGCGCGAUGACCGGCGCAUCGCAGCUGGGAGGCUUUUUUCAGUGUUCAUUAAAUUUGUAAACACAAUGUUAUUUAGUAUUAACAAUGCGGAAGAAAAAUCAUGUGCCUCUACGGCUUUACUGUAUAUUAUAUAUAUAUAUAUGCCUUUAAGAAUUGUCAAAUAUAUAUGGUCUAAAAAUAUUU